AUGGGGCCCCCGGGCAAUAUGGAUCAUGGGGCCCCUGUGUCCUUGCCCAAACUCAAAAAAGCCUAUGAAAAAGGUACCAGGGGCAUCUCAUGGGGCCCCCUACUGACCCCAGGCCCUCAGGCAGUGCCCGAGUUUCCAAAUGGUCAGUCCGCCCCUGAUAGAAAGUAUCAUUUGUGACCCACAUUAUCGGGGCGGACUGACAACUCAUGGGGCCCCCGGGCAAUAGGGGAUCAUGGGGCCCCUGUGUCCUUGCCCAAACUCAAAAAAGCCUAUGAAAAAGGUACCAGGGGCAUCUCAUGGGGCCCCCUAUUGACCCCAGGCCCUGGGGCAGUGCCCGAGUUUCCAAAUGGUCAGUCCGCCCCUGCAC